UAAAGUGCUGCACUUGAUCAUUUUUGUUCAUCAUAAUAACACUUUAUGAUAAAGAAGUCCUCACGUAAACUCACAAACAAGAGGCUGCAACACAGUGUGUGUCUUCCUCGUCUGGCGAUUUUCAGACGACAUUAUUCAGUGGGAAAACGUGGUGACGUUUACAUACAGAGACUUCAACAAGGAUCGAUUAUCAGAAAAUGAGGAUAAAACUAUACGUUUUCCAGCUUUUCUUGCAGUAUAUUACAACGGUAUAUCCGUGUAAGACAUCUCAGAAAAUCAUCCUCCAGCCUUACUCGGGAACUGCCAUUGCUUAUCCGGAGAAUUAUCCGACUGGGACAGGCUAUGGCAUAAACUUAAACUGUUCCUGGGAAAUAACCUCAGGGGAAGGAUAUCAUGUCGUGAUGUAUCCGACGAGAAUUUCGUGCGGCUCUGAGACAACUCUCAAACUAUAUUAUGGUUCCACAAUGUUAGCAGAAACAGCCGAUUGCCUCAAAUGUCCCGACAAAGCAGGGUAUUGUAGCGAUAUCGUACAGACUAAAUCGUCAGAUGUUCGAUUGGUUUUAUCCACAUCGUCUUCGUUGGAUAAUGGUGGUUUUCAAUUUUAUUUCAUGGCGGUGGAAACCAAUAGAGCUAAGGUAUGCAACUCAAAUGGUACGAAACUGAUGGCAACUAGAAGUCCGAAUUUUAUCACUUCUCCGGAAUUCCCAGCAAAAUAUCCGAAUUUUUUAGACUGUUCCUGGAUAGUGGAACGUGCUGUCACAGAGAGCGAGUCCCUUUUAGUGUUUCAGUUCCGGUCGCAAUAUCUAGAGUCAAGUAUUGAGAGCUGCAAUGAUUACGUCAAGAUAGACGGACUGGGUGAAUUCUGUAAGGGGGGUGAUGAAUACAUUUUGCAGACCUCUCGUAAUAUGCCAGUAAACGUCACGUCGGUGAAUGUGAGAUUUAAAAGUGAUGAAGGCUACGCUGAAAGUGGAUUUGUCUUGGCCUACUAUAUAGAAGAUCCCUUGCGACCUUGCUCAUGUCAACAUGGAGGGACAUGCAGUAAUUCAACGUGCAUUUGUUCAAAGGGUUAUAAAGGUCCAAAUUGUGAAAACGAAUCCCUCAAAAUGCUAUCCUUUAGUAGUAGUUCCUCGGAUGUACGUGAAGGUAAAUCGGUGUGGUUUAGAUCGGAAAUAGUGGACAAUUUCGACUUUAGAGUCCGAUGGUUUCGGAAAGGAAUUUUGAUAACCAGUGCCUCCACGAGAUAUACAAUGACUUCCUCCCCAUCCUUUAAUGGCACAGAGCUCCACAUGCUGAACAUAUCACGUGCUCUGCAAAGGGAUAUAGGCAACUGGACGGUAAAAGCAUCAAAUGGUGUGACGACUGUAUCAGCGAAUUUUAGUUUAGUCGUUCGCCCGGGCCUUUUGCUGCAGAUGAUGCCUCAAUUUGAUUUCUCGAUUCGAAGUGGUGAAGAAAUAAAUCUUCAAUGUAGUGUUACAAAUGCUGAAUCCCUUAAAGGUUUGACAAAUGGACGUUUGAUUUGGCAGAAGGACGGGAAGGCUAUUGUAUUAGAUUCUGCAUUUAAUGUAAGUACUUUAGAAACAACUACGACUUUGAGGAAGCUGUCGGCAGUACUAGAUGAUUCUGGUAGAUACUCGUGCUCACACUCCGGUUAUCCGGACCCAGUCUAUGAGUCUGUGAAUAUCAAAGUGACAGAAAAAGAACAAAAAGUCUGUAGAAACGAGACGUCUGAAGACAUAAUGUGGAAUAUGGCGACUGCAGGAACAACUAAAAAAGAAGCGUGUCCUAAAAAUCAAAAAGGAACUGCGACUAGAUAUUGUGAUACACAAGGUGAUUGGGAAGUUCCUAACUUGGUCAAUUGUACUGAUGAAGCUUUUGUGAACGCUUCAAAAGAGUUAGAUAGUUUGAUAGCAGACGGCGUAGAUAACACGGAAAAGUUGCAGGAAACUGUCAACAACACUUUACAGACGAUGAAAAACUUAACUUCGAAGGCCGGUGGACUUAGUUCCGGAGACAUCAGCUCCUCUCUUGAUAUUCUGGAGAAGAUUGUCAACGUUACGAAUAUGACAAAUGGAAAAAUCGAGAAGAAGGCUUUCUUUAAGGUCGUUGACAAUGUUUUAUCAACUAACAAUUCGAAAUCAUGGGCUACUGUCAGCGAAAAGACAGCUAAAGGCGCAAGUUCGCUGUUAAAGAGUAUGGACAGGCUUAGCGAAAUUGUCAUCAGAAGUAACGACGUUACUCGUACAAAUUUCAGUGGCGAUAAUUUUGAAGUGACUAUUAACAAAACUAAGAUUGACGAGGAAGGAAUAAUAUUUCCGGAUGUGUCCUCAAACGGUGUUUCAAGGGACACGAAGAAAUUUGUCACAUUUCUUGAACUGCCAAAGCAAACAGGAAACAGAAGAAAAGGAAUUAAUUAUGUUGCUGUGAUAUACAAAACCAUUUCAGAUAUCUAUCCCAAAGAUUCAAAAUCAGAAAGGAGUGUGAAUUCAAAUGAAGUAGAGGAAGCACCUGAGAAGGAGGAAUACGUCAAUUCUGAAAUUCUGUCUCUCACUACACAGACAAACUUGGGAACGUUGUCACCUCCGCUAAAUCUGACUUUUAACCAUAUCAGAAAGAACAAUGACACCGACCUUCAACCUAACUGUGUAUCAUGGAAUUUUACCACAAACAACUGGUCGGAGAAAGGUUGCAAGGUUAGCUUAUCCAGCACCACGAGGACAGUUUGUCAAUGCAUCCAUCUCACCAACUUUGCCAUUCUGAUGAGACCAUAUGUGUCAGAAAAGGAGGACAGCGCAUCACUGAAGACUUUAUCUGCCACUGGUGUCAUCCUAUCCAUUGUGUUUACCGUUCUAACGUUCAUAAUCUACAUCACAAACUGGAAAUAUAUAAAGAGUGAUCUGAAUAUAAUGCUGUUAAACCUCUGCGGAUCCUUGGUUGUUUCCUAUUUAAUCUUCAUUGUGGCCGUGGAAAAGACAAACAAUGAGAUUGUGUGCACAGUUAUCACAGCCGUCAUUCACUAUCUUUUCCUGGUCACCUUCUUUUGUAUGCUGGGGAUGGGAAUCUACUAUUUCAUGAGCAUCACAGUCACCUACUAUGCUAUGUAUGUUGCAAACAAUUUCAAAUCGAAAUCCAGAGUCCACUGGUUUCUCAUAGGAGGAUGGGGUAUUCCUUUCGUGAUUGCGGCAUCGACUUUAGGAGGAUUCUGGGGAAAGGGUUAUCACCUUAAAAACUAUUGCUGGUUGUCAAUGGAAAGUGGCUCCCUCUAUCUGUUUAUUGUACCAGUUUGCCUCAUUGCAGUGUUGAACCUAAUUAUUAUUGUCACCUUGAUACGAGUGCUGUUUGCAUCAAGUGCGAUGACAAAAUCAUCAGUCCAAAAGAAGGCUGCGUCUGGACUGAGAUCCCUUGGUACCCUGUUGCCAGUUCUGGGCGUUAAUUGGCUGUUUGGGAUGUUGGCUGUAAACGAAAGUGCAGAGUUUUUUCAGUUUUUGUUCAUAAUAAGCAAUUCAUUACAGGGUUUUUUCAUAUUCGUUUCACACGUGCUGAUGAACAAAAAGUUGAUGGAUAGUAUGAAGUCCCGAUACCCUGUUCUGGCUGUGUUGACUUUAUCCACGGAGUCGAGCAAAAAGGACCCGACUUCUGUGUCCCGGACUCAGUCGUCUGGAUCUGAUGUUCCGCUUAAGGGACCGGAGAAAAAGAAAAGAUCGUCAAAAUUUGGGAAAUUUUCCCAAAAAACAGCCAAAACUGAAAACGUCCAGAAAUCUGACUCCUUUUUGACAGAAAAUACGGACUUGACAUGUCGGAAGUCGAAUCAAGGGAGAAGGAGUCAAAUGUCUUAUUAAAAGAAGAAAAAACAGAUGUCUGAAUUAUCCAAGAUGUUAUCUACAUUCAAUUUCAUUAAGUACAGGAAAAUUUAUUGAUACGAGUGACAAAGUGAGCCAUCAACAAUUAAUUUCAAACAGAUUUUUCAUAUUUUCUAUAAUAAUAUGUAUUUCUGUAAGAUACAUUUCACAUCAUAAUUUUUUAAAGUAUCAUUUACACAGCACAAGCAUUGAAUUUUACAUACAAAGUAUUCACCCAAUUCAUUAUAGUACUGUCAGCGUAUAUUCGUACCUAAGGGAAGGUUAUGUCAUUCUAUAUAAAUACAUGUAUAUAGAAGGUGUGGUUUUUGUUAAAUAUCGAUCCUAAAUUCCGAAAAUUAUAACAUAGAAUAUAGUGAGGGAAAACAAUUUUCGAAAAUUGGUAUGAUGUAAUUCUAUGAAUGAAAAUGGAUGUUUGACUUCCACUACCGACUGGAAGUAUAAUCAAAACAGUUUGCUAUACACCUUAUUUUUGUCCUAUAUAAAACUAUUACAAUUUAUGUUACAUCAAGUCUACCCCAUUUCUAUUGGCGUAUGUAAGUCACUUGAUUCUUGGUCAGCUGCUUUGUUACGUAAUGGCGAGGUUCACACAUUUAAUUGAUGAUAAAAUAUAGAAUUUAUAAGAUGAAAAGCAAAGCAAAACACGAAAAAUAUAAUUGUUCAUUAGGAUAUUGGGUAAAUUUAUUUUCUUUUUAAACUAGUAGAUGCAGGGAUAAAAUUAAUGUACGCAAACAAACUGUCUCGUUCAAAGUGCCUCUAAAAACACCUACAAAUGAAGGUGUAUAACAAAUCAGUUAUAAACUGCGUCUGUUUUGUUUCACCCUCAAAUUGAUCGACCCCGUCAAUAUAUGUAAUAGGAGAUUUUUGGUCUGUCUAUCUACCUUUUCUUAUCCGAAAAAAAAAUAACUUGGCCAUAACUUUUGAACAGUUAUAGUGUUUCACGUGUACUCUUUGUGACAAGACCUUUGUUUUGGUACCAAAAUGUUUUACCUCAUGACCUUCACCUUGGAGUUUGACUUACAUUUGAAAAACUUUAUCUUUACUCACAACUUUUGAAUGGUUAGUGGUAGAUUUAUUUCCCAUAUUUUAUAUGUAUAUUCCUUUUGAGAAGACCUAAGUAACAACAAUUUUACUUCAUGGCCUUCACCUUGGUGUUUGAUCUAUUUCUAAAAAUACUCUUAACCUUGGUCAAAGAUUUUUAAUACUGAUAAAGCUUUCAUGUUUUACGUGUGUAUUUCUUUUUACAAGACCUUUCUUUUGGUACGAAAUGUUUGACUUGGAGUUUGACCUACUUUUGAAAUAUUAACAUACACGUAACCUGUAACAUUUGAAUGUUUAAUGAUACGACUUUCAUAUUUCACAGGUGUAUUCCUUUUGAUACGACCUUUCUUUGUUUGACCUAAUGACCUUCACCUUCAAGUUUGACUAAAUUUGAAGAAGAAAACCUUGUCCAUGACGUUUGAAUGGUUAGUGAUAGGGCUUUCGUGUUUCACAUUUGUAUUCCUUGUUACAAUAUUUUUCUUAGAGUUCCAUACUUACUUUGCUGCCUUAGGCCAGGGGGAUCAGUGUUUUACAAACACGCCUUAUUUCUUUGAACGUUUGAAAGGAUUCAACUCCUAUAAGUACCUUUUGUACUGAAUUAAGGAAUUAAUUUAAGGUAUUUGCAAAUAGUUUGCUUAACCUAGGCCGUCAAACAAUCGAUCAGUUCCUCCUCUCGCGUGAUAGUUACUGGCUUAUAUCCUUUAUUUAAAAACAUUUGCUUUCAAUUUUAUUUUCUCAUUUUGCAAUCGUUGCAGAUUGAACCGAUGCAUGCGUUGUCGUGACUUAAAGUGUAGUUUCAUAUAUAUGUGUACACUAGUUUACAUAAUACAUUGCACUGAUUUUACACAGGUAUGUUGUAAUAUUACGAUUAUCGAGUUCGUAUGCAUGGUUUUUUUCCCCAGAGACUUUAUUUUUCAAAGAUAUAUUUAGGUCACUUGAGUAAACUCAUGUGACCUAUUGCAAUCAGUUGUCGUCUGUCGUCGUCCGUCGUCAGUCGUCCGUCAACAAUUAAACAUUUUUAACUUCUUGAUAACUACCAGUCCAAUUCUUUUUCAAAUUUGGUAUGAAGUAUAUUUGGGACAAGUGGUGCAUAAAUUGUAAAUUGCAGGUCUUCAGCACCCCUGGGGCCUUAGGAGCAGGGCAACAACUGCCCCAAAUUGACCAAUUUCAAAAAUCUUCUCAAGAACCACACGUGUAAGAAAAACUAAAUGCAUGGUGAUGGAGAGCAGAAUAGCCUCUACCAAAAUUUUAAUUUCAUGAUCCCCGGGGUAGGGGUUCUGACCCCAGGGUGGGGCCAAACUUGGUAUAUAGUGUUAUGUGUAAAACAAUUACAUAACAUCUUUAGUGCUUUUGAUACUAAAUUGAGACUAAAUGGAUAGAGCAGGUAGUCUUUUACCAAGAUUGUAAAUUUGAUGAUCCCCAGAGUAAGGGUUCUGACCCCAGGGUGGGGCCAAACUUAGUAUAUAGUAUUCAUGUGUAAGUUUGCUGAUACUGUAUAAAAUCUAAAUGCAUACUUAGGAAUAGCAGAAAAGGAUGUACAAAAAAAUGGUGAAUUUCAAUCAAAACCCAGGUUAUGAUUUUAGGAUGAGUCCAAAUUAGUCAUAUGUUUUCAUUUUUUAAUAUUGAUACACCUAUUAUUUAAAGCCUUUUAUCAGUGUAUGCACUUUUGAAGGCAGUGAAGUUUUAAGAACACAUCUUGUUUUAUACUGUUGCUGAACAUUAGAAUUUAGCUUUGAUAUUCAGAACAGGGAAUUUUUUUCUACAUUUCAUAGCCCAUGGAAGUAGUGAUACUUUUUCACUAGUAUUCAAGCGACCGAUAAGGCCUGUGGGCCUCUUGUUAUUAAAUAUUGGGAAACCUUCACUAUUGCUACAUGUAUCAAAUACUGUUUAUUACUUUUGUUAAUUUGACAAUAUUUUAUUAUCACACAACAACAACAAUAUGAAAGAAUAUACAUGUACGUACAAUAAUAACAAAUUGAUUGUUCUGACAUAUCAUUUGAUACAUAUAUUCGUAAGAAAAUUCGAACUAUUAUACAUAUUAUAGAUUAUCGGUCUUCAAGUUUUUUGUUGUGGAUUUCAUUUGUUCAUAGAGAAAGUUAUAUAUUGAUGGACAUAUACAUUAUAAUAUCGAUAGGCAAAACCCAUACAUGUAUGCAGAAUGGAAAAUAGGUAUACAUGUAUAUUUCUGAAUGCUGCCAUUAGGGAGUAACGUCUCACGUAGAAUACAGUCCAUUCACAACCCCCAUGGCAGUACUACAGGAGGACAGGUCUCCUUGUAGUUGAAAGAAAAACAUUUAUAAGCAUAUUGACAAUUCAUAAAACAGUUUCACAUUUAAUCUAAUUUCUAAUUUCUUAUAAAUUUCAUAGUAUUAUAAAAGAUUGUUUUUUUACGUACAUUUUAAUCCCCAUAUCUGUUUCUGGUCUCUGUUCAAAUCUUAAUUUCAUUUUUAUUUUGUAUAUGAGGAAAGCAAUAUUAGAUAACAAAAUAUUGAAAAGCUGUGUGUUUCAGUUUUCGACGAAGAAAAACAACAAAACACCCCAAUAACAAUAUGUUUCCACUGAAUGUUUAAAUGACAUAUAUUUCACGCGACUUUCCAUAUUUGUUUAACAUUUUUACAAUCGAAUAUUAAGUGUUUUAUUUCUUCCGUCAAUUUACAGUUAUUGCAUAAAUUUGAUACGUUUUUAUUCCAGAUGCUCACAGAUUUAUUAUUGUUCAAAUUUUUUUUAGAAGUUUGAAAUUGAAUUCAACUAGUUGUCUGUCUCUGCAUUUUAUCAUUUUUGAUGUAUAUAUUGAUUCUCUGUGUUCUUUGAAGUCAUUCAAAAGUUUUGUCAAAGUUUUCUCAAAAUAGGGUUUAAUGAAUGUUUUAGAAAUGAAAAUCUUAUAUAACAUUUUACAACUAAGUUGAUCUAAAGAUACUUUUUCAUUGUUUCUUAAUGAAAAUUUGUCAUAAUUCGUUAUAUUGAUAAACUUGUUUCUCUUCUACUUGUUUUAAUGUUCGUUUAAGUAGAUUAUAUUCACAAAUCCAGUUAGAUUUGUUUUGUAUUACAUCAGAGAAAUAUUCCAUGUCAUGAAAAUUUCCCUCUUGGUCAAACACAUCCUUUACGUACAAAAUCCCACCUUUUACCCAAUGAAUGUAAAAUAAAGAAUGUUUUUUUAUUUGGAAAUUUUCUUUUAGCCAGAUAGGUUGUGAUAGAGCCUUGUCUGCUGAUGCAUAUAUUUUUCUUGAAGUUUGCAUUCAUUAAACGCACACAAAACUUCACAGUAAAAACUUGGUAGUUUUUUUAAAAUGCAUUUUUAAGAUUACAUAUAUUUGUAUUGCUAGUUUUCAAGAGAUACAUAUGUAAUUUAAAUCUAUUGAUGUUUACUUAUACAUGAUUCGAAAAAGGAUUUUAUUGUAGAAUUAUUUUUGGAUAAGCGCUUUAUCCACAUAGCUUUUAACGAUUUGAAUUUACUUUCCACAUCGACAAUCCCUUCUCCACCAUCAAAAAUAUUCCCAAUUACUGUAUUUCUUUUAAUUCUAUCGCGUUUCCCUCAUAGGAAAUUAAAUAUUGAUUUUUGAAUAUUCCUCAAAGUUUCUUCAAAUGAGUAAUUUAGAAUCGUGGCACUAUAAUAUAAUUAAGUGCUAAUGUAUUUAUAAUAGUACAUUUUCCAAAGAGAGUAAGUUUUGUGUUUUUCCACAUGUUAAUUUCCCCCCAAUUUCUUAACCUUAUCAUUCCAGUUUUUCCCAUAGCAUUUUUCAAUAUCAUGACCUAUAUAUAUAUUCCAAGACAUCGGACUGGGUCAUUUGUAAUUUUGACAUCGCAUAUAGUUCCAUAUCUAUUUUUGAGAGGUCCAAAUAAAAUCCCUUCUGUUUUCUUCAUGUUUAAUUGCAUUCCUGAAACCCGACUAAAAUUAUUGAUUAAGCAUAUCCCAUUUCCAUAGAAGUUAUAUCUAAUAAUGUCAGUGACGCAUCAUCUGCAUGCUGUAGGAGUUUUAUUUCGGUGCCCAUAUUGUCGUUUGUGAAACCUUUUAUAUUUUCAGCGGAUUUAAUUUUAAGUGACAUUAUUUCUACAACAAAAAGAAAAAUUAUAGCUGAAACUGGACAUCCUUGUCUAAUUCCCUUUUUCAUGAAGCAUGUUUAGAGACCCAUCCAUUAUUUUUUAUUCGAAAGACUGGAUUUUCAUAUAGAAUUUUUAUCCAUUUCAAAAACUGAGGACCAAAAUAAAAAUUUUCUAUAGUCUUGAAUAAAAAGUUCCAAUCUAUAGAGUCAAAAGCUUUUUGAAAGUCUAAAACUAAAAGAAUACCUUCUUCAUUAUCAGAUUCACAAUAUUCAAAUAUAUCUAACAGAAGCCUUUCAUUUGUGCCAAUAAAUCUACCUUUGAUGUAUGCCGUUUGAUAUUUACUUACCAGUUUAUCAAUGAUUCGUUGUAACCUUUUUUGCGAAGAUAAAGGCGAGUAUCUUAUAAUCGCAAUUAGUCAAGCUAAUAGGUCUAUAAUUACGUAAGUCAUUACGUAAGUUUUUUCGCCUUUUUUGUGGAUCAAUGUAUUAAUGAUAAUCUCUGUGUAAAAGUCAUUUCGUUGUUUUCAAACGUUUGUUGAAGCGAAUUGUAGUAAUAAUCUUUUAUUUCCUUCCAAAAUAUUUUGUAAAAUUCAACAGCUAAACCAUCUGAUCCAGGGGACUUGUUAUAUAGCUUGUUCACAUUCAGUAAGCGCUGGGAAUUGAUCACAGAGUUGUCUUUCUUGACUUGAUAGCUCUAUACAUUUCACAUCGUUUAAGUACGCAUCGAUAAGAUUUUCAUUAUUGUUAUUAUUACUUGCAUAUAACACUUCGUAAAAUUCACACAGUUUAUUCAUUAUAUCACCAGUUUUAUGAAUUGUUUCAUUAGUUCCUGUUUUUAUUUCGUGUAUUAUGUUUGAUGAUUGUGUUUGUCGUUCUAAUCUUAAGAAAUAAUGUGUAUUCUUUUCGCCUUUAUCAAUCCAAUUUGACUUCGAUCGUAUAUAUGCACCUUUUUGCAAUAUUCUUGUAUAUAUAUCUCUCUCUGACUCUAAAUGGUUUUUUUUCUUUUCAUAUCGAUUAUAUUCGAAUCUUGUAAUUCUAGAUUUUCAAUUUUCCCUCUAUCAACAGAAUACGUUGUUUUGAUUCAAGACUUUUAUGGUGCGAAAAUUGCAUUGAAAAGGUUUAACUAUCGUUUUUAAUUUUUUUUUCACUUCAUUUGGUCAUCUAAAAUGUUAUUUAUCUUUUCAUUUUCAUGUAUUAAUUCUUUAAGUUGUGUUACAUAAUUAGCAUCAGUUAAUAAUAAUGUAUUUAAUUUCCAAUACCCUUUACCUCUCUUUUGUCUUAAAAGUAUCAAAUCAAAUCUUAAUAUUAUCACCAAAUGAUCUGAAAGUCAACUGUUGGUUUUUUGUUUUACUUUAGGUGCUUUUGUUGCAAGAAUGUUAGCUAUUUCUAGUUCAAAGUGUUUCGAUCUGAAAACAAAGUCAAUACGGCUCCUGGGGAUUCCUUGCCCAUCACAACAGGUGAAGCCUAGAUUAUUUGGUUUACGUAUUCUUCACAUGUCGAUUAAAUUUAAGUAUAUCAGAAGAUCUAUUAAAUGUUUAGAACUUUUGACAUUACUGUUUUGUUGUGGCCAGUGUCUAUCAUCUUUAUCUAUUAUAGUGUUAAAGUCUCCUGCUAGAAUUAUAUUUUGAUCAUUUAGCGUAUAAUUUCCAUUGGAUUUAUGGCGGAACUUUGUAGAUGCCACCUUAAUUUUAACAUGUUCUUGGUUUUUACAUCAAGGGGAGAUCACCCUGCCAUUGUUUUUACUAUUGUGUGUAAAUAUGUUACCCGGUGAACGCCGGAUUUUUUAUAUGUGUUUUAACAUGUUUUUAUACUUAUACAUUCGUAUGUAUAUGGUUUCUCUUAAGUUCUAGGGAGAUCCCACUGUCUGUCAUAGCAUUUACUCAAUAAGUCGGAUUAUGUUUGUCGGGGAUCUCCCUAUUAGUAAUGUAGUUGAUUUGUAGUAGUUUAUUACGUUCGUCAUUAAUAAAUGACAUUUUUCAUCCAAA